CAGUAACUGUCAGUGUAUGUCUUGGUCGUGUUGAUAUAAGACUGGGACCGAUUUGUAAUCCUUUUGACUUUCGUACAAGUACGAAGUGUAGCCUUGAGUGUCUGUAGGUCCAAGUAUAUCACUUCCCUAUUGACAUAGGCAGUUUUUUGUUAUCUCAACUUUGGGUUGAGACUUUAGAUAGUCACUUUUUUUUCCGAUUUAUAAAGUGCAGUCUUAAUCGGAUGCUUAGCGGAUGAUUGUUGUCACCGCUGGUCUCUAUAACCAAUAAGUGACCUAAGAGAAGUGGAUUUGUGCGUUUUUGAAAGAAAAGUUCUUUCACAUCUCAUAAAAAAUGGGCCAAUGUGUAAGCCAAGAACCCACAUUUCCCCAUCGUCAGGCGAUCUUGGCACCAACCUGCAAGGCUUCAGUGUCUGAUACCAGCCACGACAACCAUUCUCAUGCUGAAUUUAGUGAUUCAACUGUGCAGGAAAAUUCCAAUGUGGAUGACUUAAUAAAGUUGGACACCACAUCAGAUUAUUAUGAGGGUGUAACAAGAAAGCACCCAGUAAGAAAAAGCAUAGGGAAAGGUAGUAUAGCAAGCUUUUUGCCCAAGGUUAAAGGAUCUUCAAUUCGCUCAAAGGCAGAAAAAGAUAGUCACUUAAGCGCCGCCUUCAACAUGUCUUUCAACAAAUUUGAAGUAGUCAGGCUUGAUGUUAAUGCAGCUACUGAAGAAGAAUUAAUGACACUGACCGGUAUCACGAGGAAUGUAGCGCACACAAUAAUUGAGCACAGAAAUGUCAUUGGGGCAUUUAAAAAGGUGGAAGAUCUGGCUCUGGUAACAGGAGUUGGUGCGGCCAAGUUACAAACAAUCAAGCCAGAAAUCUGCAUUGGCAAAAAAGUCCCAAGUUCGACAGCAUCGAUUACUACUGGAAAUCCUUCAAUAAAUAGUCUGAACGGAAAUGCAGAAACGAUUUCAACCGCUUCGUCACCAAAACCUGAUCGACAACGACGUCGACGCCGAGACCCGGUUAACAUCAACACCGCAUCCAUCUUCCAGCUCAUGACAGUUGAGGGCGUAACACAAGAACUGGCGGCACACCUAGUCCAUUAUCGGGAAAAAAAAGGACCAUUUAAAACGCUGUACGAUUUGCGAAAAGUGACCGGUUUUAAUACGCGGCUGAUAUCUGCUUUGGGGCCCUACUUAACAUUAGAAAACAAUCCUAUUGAUACUCCUGAUAGCCAGAAGAUCCAGAAUGGGCAUUUACACAGCCACAGAAGAACUGCGUCGUUGCCAUCUGGUCCCCUUCUAAACACAGGCGGAUCAAUCGGCCCGCCGAAAUCACUCCUUUCCAAUCCUUCACCAGUUUUUCCGUCUUUAUCCCAAUUCAGAAAAGUACUUGAUGAAACACAAGGUGCCCUAGAUCCCCAAGAUGUCAACAGUGUUGCGCAACUGAAUGGAGAUGCCGUGGAACCAUACGAAAACGGCUUACGCAUCUUGAGCUGGAAUUUAGAUGGCCUUAGUGUGGAAAAGGCCCGUAAUCCAGGUGUUAUAAACGUAGUAGGCAACUUAUUAAUAAGGUAUCACAUCAAGGUAGCUGUUAUUGAAGGUGUCGCAGAUCCCCUUGGUCUUAAGGAGCUAUGUGAAAACAUAAACAAACUAGAAGAGUUGUCAACUGAACCUUUUUUGUGCACAUUAACUGGCGGAAGCGUUGGCUAUCUGCACCGUGUGGCCUUACAAGUUAAUGACACACCAACGUGUACUCCUCUACCAAUUCGUUUGGCUACAGUCGAGUACUUCAAUCUCGUACUCGCCCUAGUCACCUGCUCGCUUGCGAACGUCGCAGAUAAUCAAUCGACAACUGUGGUUCCCCAGUUAGUCAAGUCUGUAAUGGAUCUUACGCGUACCGAGCGCGUUCUUUUCAUGGUGGAUCUUCAUCAUACAAAUCAGCUGCUUUACAUAGAAGAGUUCCAAGAUCUAGGCUAUCGACCUUUAGUGACGAAAGGAGAGUCAACCUGUUAUACACAGAAAACCGUAAAUGCUACAAAUGAGAUUUACAGUAAUGUUCUAGUCAGCCGUUAUUCUCAAAAAGGCCUUACUGGGUCGUUUGGAGUUAUCCGAGAAGGCUUAAAUCAUAUACUAAUACCGAACGGAUGGAGUUGGAAUGGCCCUGUGUCGCUGUUUUGUCCUAUUUGGGUCGAGUUCAAAGGAGGUGAGGAAGGCGACUAAAUUCGUUGCGGAUAUUUUUUACAUAACCGAUGAAAGGAAGUUGGAGGCGUCCCACUCAGUUAUUUACCUAAGUUUUUUUUUUAUUUAUUUUUGAAAUUUUAACUCGUCUGGAUGGCGCUUGAGACAUACUCGCCUAAACACCCCUCUUCCUAUUUCUUAGCUCAUUUUGGGAAAAAGUGCCUUCCCUAACCGGAGGGCGUAUGCGUGCAAUUUUUCUUCAGUACAUUUUAUAUUUUUCAUUUGACACAAGUGAUUUAAUUCGAUGACACAAAUUUCGAAGUAACCUGAUACAUCUGUUAUUUUUCAUGAUACAUUUGACUAACAGUAUUGAAAUUUAGAAAUUAUUUGAUUUUGCUUUCGUGUUCAAGAAAUUCGUCAAAAUUCGACAUGUAGCCGGUGCAUAUACACAGAUAAUCAAAGACUA